AUGGCGCGAACCCUUCCCAAACCCACGGUAGCCGCCAUCGAAACCGCCAUUCAAAUAGCUCAGGCCCAAAAUAAAGCACCAAACAUUCCCGCCAUCGCGGCCGUCUUCUUCACAACCUACGAGACUGUCAGCCGAAUCCGACGUCGCCUCUUGAGAUUCGAAUUCACUGGUGUCGACGAGCGUAAACGCUCCGGCCCGAAAUAUCUCAAGUCCCAAAACGAGGAAGCUGUAGUGAACACGAUCCGGCUCUUUGUCGAAGCUCAUCCUGGCACGGAUCAGAAAGCCGUGUGUUAUAAGUUGGAGGAAGUGUUUGGCGUGAGAUAUAGUCAGAGUACGGUUAGUAAUUUGAUGAAAGUCAGGGGAAUCCCGCAUAAGAAGACGAAUAAGUUCUAUAAGAAGGCGAAGUUGGUGUCCACGCAUCCGAAUGGCAUGAUUAUGCCAUUGCCUGAGAUAAUGGAGGAUAGGACAAAUGUAAUAGAAGGUGUGGUGUCUGCACCGUAUGUGAGUCCAUAUGCAGGACCAGUCGUAGCUACUAGUAGUUCAGGCAUUGAAAUAUCGCCAGCAAUGCAAUCAAGUUGA